AUGCUGCUGGCGAGGAGAUGUUCCUGCGUGAUUGCUGAACCGCCCCGCCAGAGCUUCCAGGCGGCUUUAGGGACUUCUGUCUCCGCGAGCUCCAUCCAUCUCCGCUCCCGUUUUUUACUAGUCGCGCUUCUCCUCGACGAGAGUCGGCUUCCUUUCCUUUCCUUGAGCACAGUCUCCACUGAAGCUUCAUCUUCCGAUGCUAUUGUCCAACAAAUAUCACCUUUCCUGACGAAGAACAAGCCAUGUGACAUACUCGAUCUUUGCCCGGGCGUCGGGCUACUCUCGUCGAAGCUCCAUGACCUUUUGCAACCCCGUCGCCAUGUGCUCGUGGAAGUCCGCGACACGGUGUACAAGCCCUUUCUCAAGGAAUUGAUGAGCAAACCGUCGGUCCAGCUGGUGAAGAUGACCUCGAAAUGGAAGGAGACGAUCGACUGGGAGAGUCUGGUAAACCAGCAUCUGCCGCAGUCUGUUCCAGACGAAAAGCAGUUGAGGAAUGACAACUUGCUGCUGGUUGCGAAUUUCACCGACCUGAGGGUGUGUCAAGGACAUUUCACUCCGUCACGGACAUGGACGGCCAUUAUGGAAGAUGGCUUGAGGCGCAAGGGUCUUAACCGCUAUGGCAUGGUACGGAUGCUGGUAAUGGUGCCGUCGGAAGAAGCAGAAUUGCUGAACCCGCGGACAGUUCUCAACCGGAAGAAAGUUGCCUUCUUGAACGAGUCGAUGGCACUCCACUUAGUCAACGUUGCAGAAGCUGGUAGCAAUGAGACUAAGGUCAUCCAGAGAGAGUGGGAUCUCAUCACCAAAAGCGCUGCUCAGGCCGCGCAGCGAACGGCCGAUGCGAACAUCACCAUUCCGCAGGGACGUGAACGGCCUCCAAUUCCCAUGGCCCCGGAAACCAACAACCCCGGAAGAAUUCCAGUCCCAUACGUUCCGCGUCCCAGGGUCGAUAUGCAUCAGGCCUACCUGGAUUUGAAGGAGGAUUUUGAGCGUUAUGCGAGCACGGCUCAUGGUAGUAGCCGUCGCCGCCGUUUGUCGAGCUUACGAAAAGAUCUGAAUACACGUCUGGGCCAGGUCAACCAAGAUAACCGACUCUGGUACGAGCGGCUUCAGUGCGCUGACACGCAGUCGGCCAUUGACUCCCUUGAAAGGGCUCUGGUUCAGGCGGUCGCGGAUCCCACGGCAGACCCGCAGAAAGUCCAGGAGUUGGACUCUCGUCUGGCCAGCAUGCGGUCUGAAUACGCAGAGAGGCUUUCCAAGGCGGCAUAUCUCGUCACUUCCCAUCUCGACACGCUGACGGACAACCGGCGAGCGGCCCUUCUCACGGGGAAUCUGGACGACUCGGUCCUCACUUGGGACCGACGCCCAUUCGAGCCACUACACAUCAAAAACGAGGAGAUGUGGCCCGAUACCCGGCCCUGCUCCAUUCUCUACUUCGAGCCCGACAUCCACUCGUUUCUGGUGCAGUUCACCAGCGACUCCGAAGGGCGGCCUCAACAGGAAAAGAUCGAGCUCUUCGUCGCGGUUAUAUCCGCUCUGGGUGUCCGCGCCGGCGACUCCCUUGCCAGCAUCCUGGAGAAGAUGUUCCCGGGACGGCCCACGGUCGAGGUGAUCAAAGCGGUCCCCAGCCUGUUUGCACAUGUGCCCAAGCAGCUGCGAUCAGAUCACCCGGCAAAGAAGUCGUCAUCAUCAUCAUCGUCGUCGUCGUCGUCGUCGUCGUCGUCGUCGUCGUCGUCGACGACGACAACUUCCUCUUCUACUAAGAGGAAAAAGUCCAAAACUACAGCAACAGACACACCUAUACCUACUACACCCACACCCACCCCCACACCCUCAUUAAUCGACAACUUCGAAUACGACCUCAGCAGCGUCCGCCUACGCUCGCUACCCAUCUCCGCAAUCAUGGACCUGGCAUACGAGUACAUCAACUGGCCCGGCCGGCCCGAGUCGGCGCUUCAGGUGAGCCGCUCCCUGGGUGGCUCCCUGACCGCGUUCAGCAGCGGGUCCGCGGCCUUUGAGUACGCGGCCGGUAAAGCCGCCGGGAAAGUCAAGAAUUUGUAA